AAUCGAAUCAUUCGAUUCAAUUUGCAUGCGGGUGGUGGCAAUGGAUCCUGCCCAACCUCACACCACCACAACAACAGACCCCCACAGCCACCCAAAGAGAAACAACCUGAGCCCCACAAUCACCACUGAACCCCUUCAAGACUGCGACGGCAGAGAAUUGAAAGUUGUUGCAGAGAGAGGCGUACAGGGUCGCAGCAUAGGUACAGGCAAACCCAUUCAGCAGAGUCCUGGCCACGUUUGCGAAACCCACAAUCCAGACCCUCCUGAUUUACAUUGCACGGUACCGGUAGUUAUGGACCAACAAGACACCAGAUAGCGAAGGCUGAAACAAGGUCCCCUCUGGUUGGGAAAAUUGGUACCCAGAUAGCAAAGCAAAUAUUCGUUAAGAGCCAGCAUUAAAAAGAAGCAACCCGAAAGGGAGGAUUUGCCAUGGAAUUGGUGGAUGGGGAUACCGGGAGUCCCACGCUGAUCAGCAAUGUGGAAGUGAUGGAACUUUUGAAGAAAAAUAUGGAGGAGCGAGCCAAGGCUGCUCCCAAAAAGAAAAACAACAAACGCAAUAAACACUUUCGGCAUCGAGAUUGGGUAGAAGAAGAAGUUCAUCGGUAUUUGACCACCACACCUUGCGUCAAGCUGGACCCCAAUCGAAGACAGGAAUUCCACGACAAGCUAAAAAGUCGCAAGAAGGUUGCGUUGUCGUCGUCAGCAGGAGAAGCUGGGGAAAACGACGAUGAUGGUGAAAACGGAGAACUAAAAUCUUCUCUGACUGGAUUUGGCUUGACCGAAGCUGAAGCGUUGCAAAUCAUGAACACUAUGCCCACUGAACCUGUGGAAAUUCAUCUAAUGGUAGAUGAGUUACAGUCUCGCAUGACAGAAACUCGACAAGAAGAGUUCCUUGCUUUCAUUGCAUCGUAUUGCAAACCAGAAGGCGGAGACGAUGGUUCAAAGGCGCAGCCAGCGGAUCAAGUGGUCAGCAAUGUGGCCAUAGAGAAGUGGUUGGGUGGAGAUCAAUCCCAAAAUGGCAAGAAGCCAGCAGCAAAGGUCAAACAAGAAGAAGACACAGACAGCCACAAAACCGGGGCUAUAUAGCAUUGACUCAUUAUUCAUUGGACUAGUUCCUUUGACGCCAUCCUAAAGCUACUUAGUAUAGACUUCGCAUACAUGAAACACACAGCUGUAGGGGACCACUAAACGACGGG